AUGGAUCCAUUGUCAAUAUCAAUGGAGAGUAAAGUUGUAUUAUUAGGUAGUUCAGAUGUUGGGAAAACUGCUCUAUCACUUCGUUAUGUUGAUGGAAUAUUUCCUAAACGUUUAACUUCAACAAUAGGAGCAUCCUUUUUAACGCGGACAAUAAAUAUAGAAGGAAAUAAAAUUAAAUAUCUAAUAUGGGAUAGUGCUGGACAAGAUAGAUUUCGAAGUUUAGCUACACUUUAUUAUCGUGGUGCAUGUGUUGCAAUUUUAGUAUUUGAUAUAACUCAACAAAAAACAUUUGAUAUAGUUAAAGGAUGGGUUGAAGAAUUAAAAGCAAAUAUUCAAGAAGAAAUUAUAAUGGUAUUAUGUGGAAAUAAAAUUGAUUUAGAACAAAAUAGACAAGUUAAAAGUGAGACAGCAAAAUUAUAUGCAGAUGAAAUUAAUGCAAUGUAUGUUGAAACCUCUGCAAAAGAGAAUGAAGGUGUUGAAGGAAUGUUUUUAGAGAUUGGAAAGAAAUUAAUAUUAAAUAAACAUAAUGAAUACUUUAAACAAUUUCAACAACAACAAAAACUUCAUAAACAAUUCCAACAACAAAAUCAAAGCUUAUAUCAAUAUCAUAUACAACAACAAAAACAUCAACAACAACAACAACAACAACAACAACAAAUUUUUAAAAAUCAACAAUUUUAUAAUAAUGGUCAUCUUCAAGGCAGUAUAAAUGGUCAUAAUAAUCAAAAUUCAACAAAUUAUAGUGAUAAUAGUGAUCAAUGUUGUGGUUAA